AUGAUCUCAACUCUCUUAGCUAGCUGUAGCAAAAAGCGGAUCCGCAAUCGGAGCAGUAGAUCUAGAGUUAUGCGUCUUUUCCCGAGACUUAUUUCUGUGGAUCUCGAUCUGACGGCAGUGAACUUUAAUGGUGUUUCCCGUCGACUCGGAGCGAACCAGGAGCCGAUCUACAUAUCAUCGGAAAGCCCGCGAACACAUCUUUCCAUAGCCGUCAAGAUCUUCCCGAUCCGAGAGAGCUACAAUGACAUUCAAGAAGAGUUCUGGAACCAUGCACAAGGCGAGGACAGGACCAAUAUACCAGGUGGGGAUUUGGAUCGAGCAUUAUUAAUACUUUGA